AUGAGUAAAGUGACUGAAAAGUUAGUACUCAAACCACUAAACAAACACAUAGAUAUAUUAAAAUCAUGCCAGACACCAGAUAUGGAUUUAAAUCUAUCUAGCACUCUACAUUUGAAAACACCAUCAACUUCAACAGACGAAACCAUACCGGAUUGGUGUUGCUUCGAGAAGGCUAUUGACACAAUCUGGAUAAACGGACUACUACAUAAACUCACAAUCCUGAAUUCUCCACUCUACAUCAUAAAACAACUUCAUUCAUACUUUACAGACCGCAAUUUCACCGUGCAAAUAGACAACACACAUUCGACAGUUAAACAAGUGACGGCGAGAGUACAAGAGGUUCAAUCCUGGGACUAUCACUGUUUAAUGUCUACAUUCGUGACAUUUCCACUGACGCCAACACAAUACUACUGCCUUGCUUAUUUAUCUAUGACUACAGCCGUUCGCUGA